AUGUAUUCCAACCGCGCAGAGAACUAUUCCGCGGACUACCAGUCCGCCAUGUCACGGUCGUCCGCCUCCUCUGAGAUAUCGCCAUCACUCACUCAGUCCUCAAUCUCUACAAAUUCCUCCACAUCCCCGCCGCCGCGGACGCCGGUGCGCAAUGCGCGCGCCCGCGCUACGCGCUAUCCGGACAACCUGGGGCGCGUGCCGCUGCACCGACGGGGCACGUCGCAAACGUACGAGCGCCUGGAGGAUCUCCUGCGCGAGGCGGGGUACAAGGAAACGCGCGUGUUCACGCCCGAGUCUGAGCGCGUCAAGCACGAGUCGCCCGAGCCUAAGCGGCCGGUUCCCCUCAGACAGGACAGGGUUGGCUCCGUUGUCAACUUCUUUUCUGGCCUCAUCCCAGGCUCGACGGCGAACAGCCGGCCGUCGAGCCCCAACCUCGAUGGCGCGACACCCACGCCUACACCCCCGCCGCGCCCCUUCACGCCGACGCGCACGUCGCCGCUGGCGAACCGGCAGCAGCAGCGCAACUCGCCCAUGUACUCGACGUCUCCGCUGAAUUCGUCCGUCGAGAGCCUGACGCGCACUCCGACGCGCACGCCCAGGCCGCCGAAGCAGCAGCGCAUUGCGCACAAGCCGCCGCUCCCGCCGAACCCCAUGGCGCCGCUGCAUCGCCCGCUCCCGCGGGACGUGCGGCAUAGCGCGUCCAUCGCGUCGCUCCGGCGCCAGCAGGAGAAGUUCGCGCACCAGCCACUCCCAGCACGUAAUGUGUCAGGGCACCCGCGACAAUUAUCCGCGCCGCAUAUGCAGCGUCCGAGGUCCACGCCGCCGGUGGUAAGACCACAGGCUCUGCCGCCGAUGCAGACGUCGCACUCCGAGCAACCUCCGCUACCACAGACGUGGCUGCAAACUGUUGCGCGAGCGGUGAUGUUUGGUGGCGCGGGAUAUGUCGGCGGUCCGCACAAGGGCAAGGAGAACGAGCUAUUGCCUCCGCCGCCGCAGGGUCCGCCGUCUUACCUGGUGCUAUCGAAGCGCAGCGUGAGCACCGCUAGCAUUAGCGAGACGCAGGUUCUGUGCAGAAGUGCGCCUGCUAGCAGGAGCAACUCUCUUGCGCGGAACAACAGCAGACGCAACGUCUCGACGGCGCACAGGAAGGCACCUUCGCUGGAGGUUCCGGAUCCGUGCCCUCCUCGACGCGGGCGGAAACAGGGCAAGCGUGCAGGUGGAGAUCGCGUAUCUGUACCGAGCCUGGCUCGUACAGAUACUCAGAGCGAUCCUUUGCGCGCACUUGAGGACGAAGAAGGCGGCGAGGAUCAUCUAAGCUCUGGAUCUGUCGUGUCGAGCGAGGAUGAGGGCGAGCUGAACCUGGCCAAGAUGCUUGUGCCGCCCAAACGACAACACUCGAUCCGCAGCCUGCGAAGACACCUGGCCCCACCGCCUACGCCAUCGUCGUCGACGUUCCCGAAGAGCGGCACAAUGCGGAGCGACAGGUCCGUACGCGACGUAGUUAACGCCUCCCCUGUGCCACGGCCUGCUGAUCACGCUGUUGACCUCAAUGACGCUGCCGAGGAAUAUCUCAUGUUCUUGGAAGGAAGUAAUAGUCGGAGGAACACCGACUCAAGGAAGGGACUCCCGCGCGCUUGGGGUGGACUGCUUCAUAAUUAG